AUGAAGGAGGUUCUGAUCGGCGUUCUACAGAGUCGUGAGCCAAACCCUGAGAACCGCCCCGCGGCGGUGAAGAUGGUGGCCGAGGCGGUGAUGGGAGCAGCCGCGACAACGGGGGGCAAGCCAUCAAGGGCUGCGGCGGGCGCUGACGACGCCCUGGCGGCGGUUGCGAGCAACGAGACGGCGGUAAGUGUGGCGGGCGCCACGGCGGCAGGCGCGGCGGGCGCCACGACGGUGGUUGGCGGGAGGCGCGGCUGCGGGAGAGGUGGUGGUUGGAUCGGAAGGCGGCGGGGGACGAGGCCGGGAAGGUCAGUCCGGGCAAGUCUUUAG